UUUUUAACUAAUGGACGGUGGCGGAGGCCAGCCGGCGGAUACGGAGAUGACGGAUGCGGGCGCUGCUGUGCCGCCGCCUCAGCAGCAGCCUCCGCCGCAUCCGCAGAUGGGAGGGAUCGAGAACAUUCCGGCGACGCUGAGUCAUGGAGGGAGGUUUAUACAGUACAACAUAUUCGGGAACAUCUUUGAGGUCACUGCUAAGUACAAGCCGCCCAUCAUGCCCAUCGGCAAGGGGGCUUAUGGAAUCGUCUGCUCGGCUUUGAACUCUGAAACAAAUGAGAAUGUGGCAAUAAAGAAGAUAGCCAAUGCAUUCGAUAACAAGAUUGACGCGAAGAGGACACUUCGUGAGAUCAAGCUCCUUCGGCAUAUGGAUCAUGAAAACGUCAGUUGUGCAAUCAGAGAUAUAAUACCACCACCUUCAGAGGGAUCUUUCAAUGAUGUUUAUAUUGCUUAUGAGUUGAUGGACACGGACCUGCAUCAGAUAAUUCGCUCUAAUCAAGCACUGUCAGAAGAGCACUGCCAGUAUUUCCUGUAUCAGAUUCUCCGCGGGUUGAAGUAUAUACAUUCUGCAAAUGUUCUGCACAGGGAUUUAAAACCAAGCAAUCUCCUAUUGAACGCCAAUUGUGACCUAAAAAUAUGUGAUUUUGGACUGGCUCGUGUCACUUCUGAAACUGAUUUUAUGACUGAAUAUGUUGUGACAAGGUGGUAUCGUGCACCAGAGCUGUUGUUAAAUUCUUCAGAUUAUACUGCAGCUAUUGAUGUAUGGUCAGUUGGCUGUAUUUUUAUGGAGUUGAUGGAUCGAAAACCAUUAUUUCCUGGAAGAGAUCAUGUGCAUCAGCUGCGAUUGCUUAUGGAGCUGAUCGGCACCCCUUCGGAGGAAGAGUUAGGGUUCUUGAAUGAAAAUGCAAAAAGAUACAUUCGGCAACUUCCUCUUUAUCGCCGUCAGUCCUUCACCGAAAAGUUUCCAAAUGUGCACCCUGCCGCUAUUGAUCUUGUUGAAAAGAUGUUAACUUUUGAUCCCAGGCAGAGGAUCACAGUUGAGGAUGCACUUGCUCAUCCCUACUUAACAUCACUGCACGACAUCAGUGACGAACCUGUGUGCAUGACUCCCUUCAGCUUUGACUUCGAGCAGCAUGCAUUAACUGAGGAACAAAUGAAGGAACUGAUCUACCGGGAAGCUCUUGCAUUCAACCCUGAGUACCAGCAAUAGUUGUUGAUCAUAUGCUGUUCUAUUCAUUAUAUGGCUUUGAUCAGUGUGAUUGACAUGAUACUUUUAUGUUCUGGUUAAGUUAUUGAUUUCUUGAUGUAUAUACACUCCAUCCAAAGAUGGAUGGAUCUUGAACUGAAAAAGUUGGAUAACGGGCAUUCAUAGACCAGAACAGUUGUAACUGUGUUUGUGUUUCUUAUUGCUCUUUUCUUUUUCUGUUGGGUUGAGCAAAUUUAAAAUUUUCUUGUCCA